AUGCAGCUGUGUCCUCCUCACGAGCUGCCCUUUGGAGAAUCAGACCAGAGCAGCGGUACACCUCCGGGACCAGGGGGCGUGUGGUGGGUUGCUGCCUUGCCUUGGGGCCUCCUCUCUGGGCUUGGUGAUCGACGUCUGUCCCCUCCCUCCAACAGUUCCAGCCCAGUGCUGAACCAGAUGGUUAGAUGUGGAGAUACGGACAAAGAGGAGGGGGGGUCCUCAGCCUGCAGGCAGAGCCAUGACUCAUCCUGUGCCAGCCAACAGAAGGACCAGGACCAUGCAAACUCCCCUCUCCGCCCCGUCAUGUCAGCAGGGGUCGCUCUGCCCUCCUAG